AUGGAGCCUGCACCAAUCCCUGUGCUAGUUGGUGGACUUGUUGACUGUUUAGCCCAGUUAAUAAUAAUAGCUGAAGAGAUUCUACAAGUAAUGUCACAAGAACAAGUUCCUUGUAUAGAGCAAAGUGAUGCAGCAGAACAAAUAGAAGCAGAUUCAGCUCCUUCUGAGGAAGCUGCACUACCAGACCUUGCUUCACUACCAGACCUUGCUAAUCUCCCAGAGUUAGGAUUAAUACUUACACCAAGAGAAGAAGAGCUAAUGUUUGAUAUAGAUCAAGCUAUGUUAGAUGUAGAAAACUUGUAUGGAGAUGUACUCUCCAGUAUAAAUGAUGACUUAAGAAGUGGAUGA